UUGUGGAUUUAUGCUGGGCAAUCUGGAGACGUGUGAGUGAACGAUUCCUGGGUUAAAGUGCCCUCUAGUGUGUAAGAACAUUACUACAUUUCACAGCCAGCCUAAAAAAUAAAAAAAUAAAAAUCAGAGUUCUUGUUAGUACACGGGAAUGAUAACUGCAUUUAUCCAUGUGCACUAAGAUUCAAGAGCGGAUGAGUCGAUUGUGAAAAAUCGAGGAGUGACUGGCUGGACCACAUUAGCCUAACCAACUGUCUUUGUGAGUAUAAUAACUUUUCAUUUUACAUUUUCCCCUCUAAUUAAGUUGUCUUGUAUAUAUUUUUAAAAUUGUAAUUCCUCGAAAAGUUUGGACCGUCCCGUGCGGACUCUUUGAUUUCUAGUUGUUAAGUUAAAUUGAAUCUAAUCGGCACCAGUUAACUCUUGGCUACAAUAACAUGACAGUUUCGGACAGAGAUGGAGGCUCCACACAUCAACACCUACACAAUAUCGUAUCUGCCAUUAGCCGGACUUUGUCAGACAGCUUUUGGAGAUACAGCGAGUGUUUGUAACACUUUCAUUUAAAAGAAGAAUUUAUAUUAUUGAUCAUUUCACCAGUUCUGGCUCGUCUUCAUUAGCCUGCCCGGGCCAUCCUGUUGCGUGAAUCACUUCCCACACUGAUGGGAAGGAACGUCAAGUGAGUCACGCAACAGGAUGGCCCAGCCAGGCUACGUCUUCAUGUCCGAACUUUGAUUCAUUUUUCACCUUCCUCCUGUGUUAGUUUUUACUACGUACCCACUAUGUUAAGGGUCGGUUUUGACCCGUGUCCUAAAUCAGCUGUUAAUUACACUAAAAACAAUUAUCUAUCAUCCAACUUGUUUCUCAUCUCUAGGUUACCUUGUUAGGCUUCAUUAUCUGUGAAAAUAUUAGUAACAAUUUUUUUGUAGUGGGCCUCUGGGCCUUUCUUUGUCAGUAUAACCCAUAUACAGACAUCUAUACUGAACUUAUUUCAUGUCUGGACAUGCCCAAUGUUGUUUUUUUUAUGUAGGGAGAAACAUGGCAAAAUGAGAAUUUCCUAAAUCUCACAUGAUUGGAAGAGGAUCUGACUGUCAGUGUGGUGCCUGACAGUACACAUAUGAUUUCAGUUUUUGCUCUGAUUAUUAGAUAUUAAUCUAACCGGAUCAACAGCGACCCUAACACAAGUGUCAUGGUUUUAAUAAGAGGAUUUUAUAAUAAAGUCAAUUUAACUAAAUUUUUAUUUUGUUGAAAACGAGGUUCCUGACAAAGUCAAAAAGUCUUGAUGCAAAUAAAGCUAAUUUAAGUGGUUCUUUUAAACAUUUAAAAACAAGUACAGACCCUAACACAGGAGGAAGGUUAAACUAAUUUCUCAAAUCAAUAGUAGUUAAAAGCUUGUUGAAACUCUUUAAAAAUAGACAUCAACUCGAAGCUUGAACAGUUUUUAUCUUAUAUGAUCUUUGUAAAUUACGGUAUCUUGCUAAAAUUAACAUUUACACUGAACUAACAAACCUAAGAGUUACUCUCGAGUCCCCUCCUCUGAGGCCCCGCCUACCAGGAAGUACCAAUCAAAAGUCUGAAGUGCUUUCACUUUCAGCAAUGAGAACAUACAGGGAACGAAAAACAGCACUAGUGACUGCUCACUGCAGCUCGACUCUUCUAACUCUGGAUUAAUGAUAUCAAUCAGACCGCAUUAUCUCAUGCAAAGGCUCAGCUGUCGUUUAUGUCAGACAGGUGUGUAUUGAGGCAGCGACUGAGAACUCCUCUGAAUCUGCUGUAAACUUCUUCCUGUCAUUUCUUUCAAUGCUUACUGGAACUCUGUGAAGAAGAGGGAUCAAGAAUGGAAGACACAGACAACUCAACGUUAGAAGAGAUGCUGACAUGCCCAGUUUGCCAGGACAUCUUUCAGGAUCCUCGUCAGCUACCUUGUGGUCACAGUAUAUGUAUGGGCUGCCUGGAGGGCAUGGUUGAUCAUGCCACCCUUAUUCCUUUUCGAUGUCCAGACUGUAGGGGCUAUUUCGGACGUGUUGUCGGGGUACAGAAGAGCUACACACUGUCCAGCAUAGCAGAGGACUUCAAGGUGAACAGGAAGAGGAAAGUAAGGACUCCACAAGCAUUUCUUUUACCUGAUAUCUUUUUUUUAUCUUGACAGAUUUUACAAACAAACUUAUUGUUGGGAUGUUUUCUCACUGGUAAACAAAUGUCUAACACUUUUUCCUCAUAUCUUGAUUUUUGUGAAAAAGGAUCAGCAGAUAAAAACUGUGUACUGUGACCUCUGCCCAGAGAAAAAAACUCUGGCGAAGAAGACAUGUCUGAAGUGUGAGGUGUCGAUGUGUGAAGAGCACGUAAAGGACCACCAGGAGCUCCAGGUGUUCACAGGACAUCCCCUGGUUAAACCUCUUAGUGACCUGCUGGAGAGGAAAUGUCCACAGCAUGAGGACCAAGUGCUUAAGUAUUACUGCAAAACAUCCAGACGCUACAUCUGUAACUUGUGUGCCCUGGAGAAUAAGCAGCUGAACCAAGCCACUGAGACCUCGACUGUCCUGCGGAGACAACUGACUGUGAGUUUAACAAUAACAAUCCAGUGAGGUGACAUGAAAGCAAGGGUUUCUUAUAAACGCAGGGGGAAAUUCCUAUCGCUGACUAGAAGUGGAAUGACUGGAUUUUCCAGUCCCUUUGCAUUGAACGGUUUGUGUGAAACCCAUACUGUCCACUCCAUGCUAUUUAUUUCAAAGUCUGGUGCAGAUCCAGGGUCACCAAUGAUACCACAUGUAUCAGACUACUUCCGGGAAAUGUUAAUAAACUAUAUACUAACCACUAAGAUUUUCAUUUGGGCAUAAAAACAUUAAUGUAUUUAGUGUAUUUAUAAAAGGAAGAUCUAUUAAAGGAAGACAUCUUAUGUUUACUUGUCUUUAUACAUCAUAAAUUUCAUACCUGACAGAUGUUAUAACUGAGCUGUUCACAGGGUAUUAUACCUUACAAAAUAAAAACACUAAUUUGAGAGGGAAAUAUUGCUGAGUGAUUAUUGGUGGUUGGUAAUUUUCUGGUGUCAUAUAAUAUCUAGGUUAUUUGCAAAUUGUGUAAAUCAAAGAGUUUUUUUUUUUUAACUCAGUGAAAAGGAAAGAAAAAUUGUAGUGGUUUAAAGAGUUCACCUUUGUGCAUUCAACAGGAGUACAUGGAUCAACAUUUUAACGCCCUUGACGAGCAAAUUAAAGAAUCCAAUAAGAUGGUGAAAAAACUGCAGAGAGACAUCGACCAAGAGGUGAGCGCAGUUCAUCUGUGACUGUAAUUUUAAUGAAUCAAUCAGCCAAAUUCCACUCAAAGUUAUCAGAGGCUUUUGUAGAGAUGAAGCAAGUCUGGAUAGUCCUCUAUCUCGUGUAAUUAAAGAGACUAAAUAAUAAGCAACACUGUACAGUAGCACUUCGCUCCAGUCAUAUGAUCCUUACAGUUUGUUUACUGAUGGAAUUUUUCUCUUUGCUGACAGAAACAGAAAGUAAACCCUGCAAACUCACCCAUCAACAGUGUCAUAGUGGUGCUGCUCUUCUUGUGGUUUAUAGUUCUGUAUUACGGUAAGAGAUUGCCACUCCCUUUCAGUAAGGAACCUUUAAUGUGAGUGUGCCCGGACUUAUGUAACUGUUUUGGUCCUCACCAACUGGACUCCUCUUUAGAAAACAUAAUCCUGUAGUUAGUACAGUUUUGUGAGAUAGAGAACUUAAGAGAAGAAAAAGAAGCACAUGAGCAUUGCCUUUUGAAAAGGGAGGACUAGGUCUACUGGACCCAGAACUAUAUUCCUGGGGCCCCUCAGUUUGACCCCUACAAUAAUGGUUUAACUAGGAAUGCUGUCCCACAUAGACUCAAAUUGAAUGGCAUAUAUUCAAAAUGUCAGAUCCAAUACUUUUUAAUGAUCAAAAUAUUUGAAGCCCAUAAUCAACCACUCAGGCGUACAUACAAGAUAUGAGACAGCCGAUCUGUCUCUUCAAAGACAUUUUUCACAAUCAACAACAUUUUGCCUCUCACAUUAAGAGACCAGACCCUCAAGAUGUUGGUCCAGGGGGGUAUUAUAAAGACAGGGGACUUUUGAGGAUUGCCACCUAAGUCAAUCCAGAUACUUCCUGUAAUUUCUACAGAUGCAACACUUCAGACAGACCAGACAGGGAAGUUUUCUGGAUAAGCCCAACUCCUCCCAAAUGGAGUCCUCAGUGUUUGAGGACAAUUUGGGCAAAAGCACAUCUGUAUAAAAAUUCUGUUAACACAACAGCCUUUAAAGGUAGUUGAGGGAGGGAUCUGGGAUUCAUAUCACAGAUAAACAAUGAGGCAAGAUGACUGAGGUACUACAGAGGGUUUUGAUCAACAUUAGUUUGCCUUCACUUUUAUCUGUGAACAUUUAUACAUGUGUUUGAUUUUACAAAUGAAAGAUACAGUAUCUCUUGUCAUUGCCCAACCUUUUGUUAAUUUUCUGCUGCAUGAGAAUGAAUUAACACUUUUUUUUUUUCAUUUAAAAAAAAAGAUUUUUGACAUGACCGCUUUUUUUCUCCACCCCAACCAGCAUACAGUUACUCUACAGAAAAUCAAGCACUGACUGAAGCUCUGGCCGUGCAGCAGAACCGUGUGCAUCACUUGUACUCCUCUAUUGCAGGUAAGAGGGCAGGUUUUUGCUCCCCCGUGUUGCCCAGUAACACACCUUUAUUAAUAACAACAGGAUUGCCAUACUUUGACCCUUUGGCUCACAGUGUUUUAUGUGAUCUCACUUUAAUAAGUAACAUGUCUUAUGUUAGGUAAUUAUUAUUGUUAUAUCUCAUUGUUUUUAUUACAUCUUGUUAUAUAAUGAAGUGUGGAGCCUUCAUUAUAGUUUUGCUUGUAAUUGAUAAUAUUUCCUUUCGACACAUGCUGAACUGUUAAUUCUUCACAGCUCACUUGACUAGCUAUUAAUAAAUCUAUGUGUUCUAGUUUCUGGCUGCAGAUUCAUAUCUACAGUAGGAGUGACUGACUCUGAUAAUGUUCAACCUUAUCUUUUAAUAAUCUCAUUGUAUUCCUGGAUGCUUAACUUUUCAUUCUACAGACAUAUUCCGCAAUUUGAGAGCCACUCUCCUCCAGCAGCUAUUGCUUAAUGACAUUUGAUGGAAAAAUGCUAUCCAAGAUGUGCGUAGAGGGUGCAUUGUAGUUUCUGGGAGGAACAGUCGACUUUUUAAAGCUACGGAUGUAACCAGAAGUUAGCAAUAAAAGGCCCCCGACCAAGAGUUGUAUGUCUGCAUGGUGCUGUUAUUCACACCUUAAAAAAACAUAAAAUAGAGAAUAAAGUCUGUGAUACAACUUAGAAUAGGAAAUAAUCAUCAGCACUUGUAUGCAGAUUUUUAUUAUAGACAUUAAUCAAAGUUUUGUUGUUGUUGUUAUAAUACCCCAGUGGGUUGUGGAAUUGAAAAAUGCUCCAAAAUAACUUGUUUUUUUUAUCCUUCUUUUGUCUUAGAAGUCUUGGUUGAUCAGCCAGUGAAGAGCCACAACCAUCAGGAGGCACUUCCAGGUACAGAGCCAUCUGUGAAAAAAUGAGGGUUGAUUUGAAACAAACCAGAGAGAAUAACUUGGUUUUGGUGAUACGCUGAAGUGUUUGCUACUCAUAUUAUGGCACAGCCAACCUAAGACUGAUGAGCCCGGUUUGGUUGGUGACUGUCUGGACUCUGCUGCAUUUACUGCUCUUGGUGUCACUCCCACCUGAUCUUGAGUCAUAGAUGACGAGAACAGCAGUAAAAUCAUGACAUAAAUCUGUACUGUUACACAUUAACUUUUCUUGUAAGACGAGUAUCAUCACUGUGCCUUUGAACACUGGUUGUUACACUACCAGUCUAAAAUAACUAAAUGCAAAGGUGAUUACUGUGAGGGAAAGCACAAUAAUGAUCAUCAUUUAAUAAUCAUUAUGUAAUCAUUAUGUUUUCAGGAACUCUCUCCCUGGAUAGGGACUCAGCCAGUCCUUAUCUCGGACUCUCCACUGACCUCAGAACAGCAGAGAGACUGAAAACCAAGCUGAACUAUCCUGACAAACCCAGACGCUUUGCGGAAGCCCCGCAGGUCCUCUCUGCCCGCUGCUUCUCCAUUGGCAGUCAUGUCUGGGAAGUGGAGGCUGAGGGAUACUGGGACAUCGCCGUAUCCUACAAAAGCAUCAAACGCAAGAGCAAAAACAGCAGUACCUUCGGAAAAAACACUGAGUCUUGGAGCCUCACGCACAAUGGCAAAGGAAAUCUGUUUGCCUAUCAUGAUGGAGUAAAAACUGUUCUCUCUGAGACUUUGCAGAGCAGCCGGAUAGCAGUGAGUGUUGAUAUUGAGAAAGGAAACAUCACAUUCAGUGCUUUGGACUCCACAAUCAAACAUCUGCAUGAGUUCAAAGCUGAACUGACUGAGCCGGUGUGCCUGGGCUUUGGACUUUACCGUGUGGAUCCGCUCAGUAAAGCCACCAUCAUUAGCGUUUGGUGAUAAUCCUGAAACUCUGAAAGUUAUCUUAAACUGACACUGGAUCUAGACUGUUCUGUGAGAAAGACAAGUUUUGCACUUAAGGCAGUAAUGCCAAAAAUCGAAGAUCAAAUCAACUCAGGAAUCUAUUUUUGUAUCGCAAGGUGAUAAAUAUUAAAUGUGGGUGUGAGUAAUUAAAUUACACUGUGGAUCUUUUAUAACACCAAAAGGUGGCUUUACAAUGGUGCAUUAAUUUAUAAUAGUUCAAUAAUGUAGUAUUAUAACAAUAUAAUAUUACUAUUAUACAAUACUAAUGUGAACUGGUCUGCUUCCUGACUUUAUCCUAAACAGAUGACAUGGCUGUAUUUCUCAAUGUCAAGGGUAUCUUAAAACUGCAGGAAAUCAGUUUUAUUUCCAAAAUGAACGAAUAAAUCAAGUCUUCUUAUGUUGGCUUGCUGUUCACAAAAUUAAAUCAAACUUUUUUGUCACUGAUAUGUAAACAAACAAAUAAAAGGUUUGAUGAAUGAACAGUGA